CGGUUUGAAUAUGCUAACAACAACAGGUAGUGUUAGCCUGUUAGCGGAAUGAAUGACGCAGAUGUGUAUUUUUAUUAAGUGUCCAAUUGUUUUCUACAGUUUGUGAGUGAAGCUCGUUCAGCAGCUUCCGGUUCAGCAGGUGUAUCUCUGUGUCUCCGUCCAGGUUCACUGACGGCGAGGUCGACCUGUCAGCAUGCAGUCAGAGCUGCUCAUUGGUUUGCAGCAGGAGAAGGCGGAGCUCAAACAGGAGGUGUGUCGUCUGCAGGAGGAGCUGGCAGAGAGCCGAGCAGAGAGGGAGGAGCUGGAGUCGAGGAGUAGAGCUCUGAAUGAGAGGCUGUGUCAGUCAGUGUCCCCCCCGCUCACCCUGUCUCUGCGGCUGGAGGCGGAGCAGAGGGACGUGAGGAGGAGGGUGAGGGAGGGGAGGGAGAGGGAGGCCAGACAGGCUCUGCUCAUCCACCGACUGCAGAACAAGGUGUUGGAGUACAGAGAUCGAUGUCAGCGUUUGGAGCUUCAGCUGCAGGAUGAACACACACAGCUGAUCAACACUGAGCGGAGGAUCAGAGAUGAACACAGUGACUCUCUGGAGAGCGCCCUCAUCAGGCUGGAGGAGGAACAACAGAGGUCAGUCGGUUUAGCUGACACCAACGCUCUCCUCCGGGAGCAGCUCAGCCAAUCAGAGCAGGCCAACCAGGCCCUGAGGGAGGACCUCCAGAAGCUGACAUCUGAUUGGAGCAGAGCGGUCGAGGAGGCGGGGCAGAGAGAGGAUGAUUGGCAGAGAGAGAGGGAGUGUCACACAGGUCAUGUGGGUCAGCAGCAGGCUCGACUGCUGUCAGUCUGGAGGUCUGUGGUCGCUCUGAGACGACAGUGUCACAGCGUGAAGACCGCCGCCGACAGGGAUCUGUGGGAGUUGAGGGCCGAGUUUUCUCGUCUCUCCUCCUCUCUCCUGUCCAGCUGUGACUCCGUCUCCUCCUCCCUGAGGCUCAGCGCUCCUCCCAUCAAACCCUUCUCUUCUGUGCCUCCCCCUCUUGUCCCCUCUGACCUCCCCCCGCCGUCCUCCUCUCCUCCUCUGUCCUCCACCCUGGUCCUCCAUCCUGCAGACUCCUCACCAUCUCCCCCUCCUCACAUCUCCUCCUCCACCCUGGGAACCUUCUCAUUAGGAGAACUGGAGCACAAAGAGGAGGAGGAGAAGGAGCAGGACAGAUGGGAGGAGAAGGAGCAGGACAGAUGGGAGGAGAAGGAGCGAGAGAUCUCAGAGUUAACGCAUCUUCAUGAGACGGAAGUCUUGCAGCUGACAGAACGGAUUGCAGAGCUGUCUCGCUCUCUGCAGAUUGAGGACAGUCAGAGGGAGGACAGAGACAGAGAGUUAGAGAGACACAGAGACACAGAGAGAAGUCUUCAGUCUGUCAGUCAGGCUGUGGUCAAACUGUCCAGAGUCCUGUCCGCCACCAGCAGCAGCAGCAGUUCAAUGUGUGUAUCCUCAGACAGCGUCCUCAGUCUGGACCUGUCCUCCCUGCUGUCUGUCCUGUCCCACGCUGAGAGCGCCCUGCAGUGGAGACACGAGGAACUGCAGGGGGCGGAGCUUUCUCUGCGGCGGCUCGGCGAGGAGAAGACAUCUGUGCAGCUGCGACUGAAACAGCUGGAGGACGACAACCAGCUGCUGAAAAAACACACUCAGCACACACAGCUGGAGCUCACACACACUCUGGACCUGCUGAACAGUGAGCGUGAGGCGUCGUCGUCGCUGCGUCUGCAGGUGGAUGAGGUGCAGAGGAGAGAGGAGGAGGUGAAGACAGAGAGAGACAGACUGAGGAAGGACAGAGACAGACAGGAGGAGAGGAGCAGACAGCUGGAGACUCAAACACUCAGAAGAGUGGAGACGGAGCUGUUGGAGAACGUCCAGCUGACUGAGAGAGAAAUUUUGCACCGCAUGGAGAUCCACACUCUGAAGGGGGCGAUGGAGAGACAGCAGCUGGACAGACAGAGAGCAGAAGAAGAAGCUGCUGAUGCCAGAGACGCUUUGCAGAAGUCAAGGGAGACUGUGCUGAGUCUCUCGUCCUCUGAGUGUGUGUUGAAGCGGGAGGUGGAGGAGGCACGCGAUGCUCUGGACAAAAUGGCCGCCCUGAACUCGUCCCUGGCGUCAGAUAAGAGAGAUCUGAACAAACAGCUGCUGCAGCUGGAGUGUGAGCUGUCAGACAGCCAAUCGCAGAUGCAGGCAGUGAGGUCAGAGGUCAGCUCUCUACAGAGGGAGGUCAAAACACUUAACAUGGACUGCAGCCAGCUCAGAGCGCAGAGGGAGGGGGAGGCCGACAUCAUCCGUCAGCUGAGAGGCAGAGAGGAGGAGAUGGAGAUGAUGAUGGAGGAGAAGGAGAGACAGCUGGUCUCCCUGAUGGAGGAGAGAGGGAGGGAUGGAGGUCAGGUGGAGGAGCUGUCCUCCCAGCAUGCCUCGGUGUGCGCGGAGCUGAAGGAGGCGCAGGAGCAGCUGCGGCAGGCAGCGGAGGAGGCGAGGAGGAGAGACAGGCAGCUGGAGGAGCAGCAGAGGGAGAUCAGGAGGCUGCAGGAGGAGCAGGACAGACUGCAGAGACACAGGGAGCAGCUGGAGGAGGAGCUGCAGGAGCUGAGGUCUCUGUCGGUGUCUCUCCACCAGCAGCUCAGUCAGCAGCAGAAGCAGCUGUCCCAGUCGGAGGUGGACAGAUGUCAGCUGAUGACACACAUUCACACUCUGCAGCAGGCCAAACAGACUCUGCAGGGGGAGAUCGAGUGUCUGAGAGCAGAGCUGGAGAGAGUGACAGCCGGAAGAGAAGACGAGAGGAAGAGGAGAGAAAAGGAUGAAGAGGAGAGGGAGGCGCAGAAGGAGGAGAUGGAGACACUGACGGAGGAGGUGGAGGAGCUGAGAAGGAGGAGGAAGGAAGAGGAAGAGGAGAGGAAGGCCUGGCAGAGUGAGAGGGAGGCGCUGAGCGAGGAGCUGGGGACGAGGGACGGAGAGGUGGAGGCGCUGAGGAGGCGUGUAGAGGGACUGAUGGAGGAGGAGGGGGAGAGACAGAAGGAGGUGGAGAAGCUGAGGGAGGAGGUGACAGAGAGGGAGCUGCGUCUCGGCCACAUGUUGGAGAGGAUACAGCAGGCGGAGGGAGAGAAGGAGAGACUGGAAGAGGAGGUGAAGAGGAUGGAGGACAGCGCGAGAGAAGAGGAGGUGAAAAGGGAGGAGGAGGAGGAGGCUCUCUGUGACAGGAUUGAGAGAUUGGAAAGAGAGAAGGAGGAGAGGGAGGAGGAGAUGGGGCAGCUGAGGAGUGAAGCAGAGGAGGCGGAAAGAUGGAGGAGGAGGUUGGAGGAUGAGAUUGAUAGACUGAGAAAAGAAACCUCUGAGCUACAAGAGGAGAGGAGAGAGAAGGAGAGACUGCGAGUUGAAGAUCAGAGGAGAAGGAGGAGAAAGGAGGAGGAGGAAGUGGAGCGACUCACUGGUGAAGUGAGGAGAGCAGAAGAGGAGGUGGGGAGGCUGAUGGAGAAGGUGGGGGAGGUGGAGCUGCUGAGGGUGAGGUUGAACGUGGCAAAGGAGGAGUGCGAAGAGAUGAAGGAGGAGGUGGAGCGGAGGGACCGCAGCCUGGAGCGACAGAUGAGCGCCGUGAGGGACAGGGAGGAGGAGGUGGAGAUGCUGAAGGAGAGGCUGAGGCUAGCAGUGGAGCAGAGGGAGGAGGGAGAAAGGGAGCGUCAGGAGGCAAACGACAGACUGAAGCAGAAAGAGGUGAAGGAGGAGCAGCUGGAGGCGCUGCUGAAAGAAACCCAUGCGCUCCUGGAGAAAGAGAGGAGGGAGGGAGGAGAAAAAGAUGUCAGGGUCUCCUCCCAGGCCAGGGAGCUGCAGGAGGCCAGGGCUGAGAGUGAGGGAGCCAGAAGGAGGGCCAGAGAGGGGGAGGAGGCCUGCAAUAGGUUGGAGGAGGAGGUGAAGGAGUGGAGGGAGAGAGCUGACCAGAGCGCACGGGAGGUGGUGAAGCUCAACCAUAUGCUGAAGGAGCUAGACGAGGAGGUGCAGCAGCUGAGAGCCACACUGCAGGACAGGGAGGAGAGGGAGGAGGAGGAUGGGAGGGAGAGGGAGGCUCUGAGGAGAAUGGAGGUGGAAAGGAGAAGGAGGCUGGAAGACAAGCUGACAGAGGUGGAGGAGGAGAAGAGGGGGUUGGAGGAGAAAAUGAGAGAAGUGGAGGACGAGUUGGAGGAAGAGAGGGAGGCACUGAGGAGAGCCAGGGAGGAGACGAGGAGGUUGGAGGACAGAUGGGAAGAGAUGGAGAAGGAGGUGCAGGAGCUAAGAGAGGAGCUGAGGAGGAAAGAGGACAAGCUGAAGGAGACAGAGGAGAAGAGGAAGGGAGAGGAGGAGGUGCUUGGAAGGGUGAAGGAGGAGAAAAGUAGGCUGGAGGAUGAGCUGAGGGAGGUGAAUGAGGAGCGAGGGAGACUGGUGGAGGCUGAGAGGGGUCAGCACCUCCUGGUGGAGGAGAGAGCCAGGUCCAGAGUCAGAGAGCUGGAGGAGGAGAAGGCAGGACUGUCUGGGGAGCUGAGACGGAGGGAGAGGGAGGUGACAGCUCUGAGAGAGGAGGUGCAGAGAGAGAGGGAUAAGGCACAGGAGGAGCUGAGGAGGAGGAGAGAGGCGGUUUCUGUCCUUAGAGAGGAGGUAAAAAGGGAACAAAGGGAAAAGGAGGAAGUACAGGAGAAACGGAGGAAGACUGAGAAGGAGGGGACAGCUCUCAGAGAGGAGGUGAAAAGGGAACAAAGGGAGAAGAAGGUGGCCCAGGAGGAGAUAAUAGCCCUUAAGGAGGAGGUGCAAAAGGAGCUAAGGAGGAGGGAGGGACUACAGCAGGAACUAAAGAAGACUGAGAAGGAGGUGACAGCUCUCAGAGAGGAGGUGAAAAAAGAACAAAGGGAGAAAAAGGAGUCUCAGGAGGAGUGGAGGCAGAGAGAGGAGUUACAGGAGGAGCUGAGGAGGAACAAGAAUGAGGGGGAGGUGUCUGCACUGAGGGAGGAGCUACAGAGAGAACAAAGGGAGAAGAAAGAGGCACUGGAGGAGCUGAUGAAUAAAAGAGAAGUUGUGACAUCUCUUAGAGAGGAGGUGCAGAGGGAGUGGAGGCAGAGGGAGGAGAUACAGGAGGAGCUUAGGAGGACCAAGAGUGAGUUGAGGGUCAUCACAGAGGAGGUGCAGAAGGAGCAGAAGGAGAAGAACCAGGUUCAAGAGAUGUUAAUGAGGACAAAGAAGGAGGUGACAGCUGUUGGGGAGGAGGUGCAGAAGGAGCAGAGGAUGAGGGAGGAGGUGCAGGAGGAGCUGAGGAGAACCAAGAAUGAGCUGAUGCACAUCAAGGGGGAGGUGCAGAAGGAGAAGGAGCAGGCACAAGAGAAGAUAAUGAGGACCGAGAAGGAGGCAACAGCUGUCAGGGACGAGGUGCAGCGGAGGAGGGAGGAGGCCCAAGAGGAGCUCAGGAGGACCAAGAAUGAAUUGACAGUCAUCACAGAGGAGGUGCAGAGGGAGAAGGAGCAGAUACAAGAGAAGUUAAUGAGGACAGAGAAGGAGAUGAUGGCUGUCAGAGAGGAGAUGCAGAAGGAGCAGAGGAGGAGGGAGGAGGCCCAAGAGGAGCUGAGGAGAACCAAGAGUGAGUUGACGGUCGUCUCAGAGGAGGUGCAGAAGGACAAGGAGCAGAUACAAGAGAAGUUAAUGAGGACAGAGAAUGAGUUGAUGGCUUUUAGAGAGGAAAUGCAGAAGGAGCAGAGGAGGAGGGAGGAGGCGCAAGAGGAGCUGAGGAGAACCAAGAAUGAUUUGAGGGUCAUCACAGAGGAGGUGCAAAAGGAGCAGAAGGAGAAGGAGCAAAUACAAGAGAAGUUAAUGAGGAAGGAGAAGCAGGUGAUGGCUGUCAGAGAGGAGGUGCAGAUGGAGCAGAGGAGGAGGGAGGAGGCCCAGGAGGAGCUGAGAGGAGUGCAGCAGAGCAUGGAGGUGAUGAUGGUGAACCUCAGCUCCCUGCAGACUCAGGUGUGUGAUCUGAGUGGGAGCAAGGAGCGAGCUAAGCAGGACGUGAAGGAGAAGGAGGAGGAGAAGCAGCAGAUGAAGGAGGGCCUGAGACUCGCUCUGGAGGAGAUGACCAAGCUCCAGCUCCUCCUGCAGGAGAGCCACACAGAGGGGGAGCGCCUGAGGAGCACUCUGAGGGAGAAGAAGGAGGAGACUGAACGGCUCAGAGAGGAGAACAUAGAGACGGAGAGAGGAGAGAUGGAGGAGCUAAGAGCCAGAGCCAAGGCCCUGGAGAGAAGGAGGAGAGAGAUGAUGGAGGAGCUGGAGGAGGCUCGACAGGCAAAGGAGGAGGCUGAGAAGCAGAGGAGGGAGGCUGAGGUGAGGUGGAGGAGCAGAGUGGAAGAGGUGAAGGAGGAGCAGGAGGUGAAGCUGAAAGCCCUGUUGAGAGAAAUCCAGACUCUGAAGGAGAAAGAGGAGGAGUGGAAGUCCAUGGUGGAGGAGGCAAGGAGGGAGGUGCAGGAAUGUCGAGGCGAACUGAGCCAGGUCAGAUCCACAGUGGGGGACAUAGAGGAGAUGGAUGGACAGAGGAGGAGAAGGAGGAGAGACAAGGAGGUGGACAACAAGGAGAAAGGAGGAGGAGGAGAGCAGCAGGAGGAGAAGGAGGAGGAGCAGAUCUCUGUGCUGCAGGAGAAAGAGGAGCUGAGGAGGCUCCUGAUGCAGAGAGAAGCUGAGGUGUACACUCUGACUCAAAGGACAGAGGAGCUGGAGAAAGACAGAGAUCGUGUCCGAUCUGCUCUGGAGCGAACUGAGGCUGCUCUGAUUGGCUACAGGGAGAGAGCCCACCAACUGGAGCAGAGCCCGGGGGCGGGGCCUAACACAGAUGAGGCUGUGGGGGACAGACUGGAGGUCCUGCAGCGUCUGGUGGCUGAACUGGAGCUGGAACAGAAACGACUGAACAAGAAAAACUCUCAUCUGGAAAAUCAGAAGGACAAACUGAAGAGAGACAGAGACACACUGAGGGACACACUGAGACAGGUGGAGACGGAGCGUUCGAAGUUCAGACAGCAGCUGACUGACAGCAGCAGAGCUCAGUCUGCAGACACCACAGAAGAAGAGCGCCUGCGGAGCAGAGUGAGGGAGCUGGAGGAGCAGGUGAGUCAGCUCCGUCUCUUAUUGGCUGUGGACCAGCAGCAGAGGGCGGAGUUUAUCCAGCAGUCCUCCAGAAACAGUCAGUGGCUGAUCUCUCUGAGACACGACCUCACCGACUCGCUGGACGCCGUCACGCGUCGUCCAAUCCCAUCCGUCCUGGAGUCUGAGACACAGCGAUUGGACCGCAGCCUGAGGGAGGAGGAGCUUAGGCUGUCCCUCAGCCAAUCAAAAUAAAAACUCUACAAACUGAAGCUUUUGACCAAAGAGGGUAUCAGCUGUGUGCUGUCGCCAUGGAAACAGCUUGAUAGUUCAGCGUGUUUUCAAACACAUCACAUUGAAUACAAAGCAGGCUGCGUUCAGGAACCAUCGGGACAGUCUGUAUUGAGUUAUGAGUCAGUCUGAAGGUAAAACUUCAUCAGAUGUUUACUGAGUUAUUUAUUGUUUGUAUUUAUAUUCUGAUCUCUGUCAGAGCCCCGAGCCACGACACUACAUCUCCCAUGAUCCUCCAGUCUGAGCUGUGAGUCUGGCUCAUGUGAAGGUCAGAGGUCAGCUGUGUGUUUUGUGUAAAGUUCAAUAAAAACCAAAGUUUUGAUAAUCUGGAGGUCAUCGUU